AAUCGUAUUUAUAUAUAUGUGCAUAGCUAUCAAAUUUUUAGUUAAAGAAAAUACGAGUGCCUGGACGCCAACUUCUCUGCAUGCCAGCUCUACAAUUGAACCACAACGAUGGCCUCGAUAAUAGCUAUCAGCCUGGCAGCCAUGAUGCACCUAGUUCUGCGAGUGAGCUUCUAUAUCCAGCCGAAUGAGAAGCAGUCGGCGCCCGGACCAGCAUUACCCACAAUUAUCGUUUGUAUUGCACUGCUCGAUAUAAUAUACGAUAAUCGGAUUUUGCCGCAACGCUACGAGUGCAUGGUGCCGAAAGCAUUUAAGUAUCUGUGCGAGGCUGGGAUCGCCAUAUUUUUUCUGGAGGUGGGCAUGCUGAUCUUCUGGGCGACCAUUGAGUAUGUCAUAUAUUUGACCUCCAGGGCCUUGUUGCUGAGCCUAGGCUUGGUAUCAAUGCAGACCUAUAAUAAGCAUGAGACCUUCAUGGUUGGACUCUUCACUGUGCCCCUUUCGCUGUUCAUUUUGGCAAUGACAGGUCAGGCCACCGAUCACUUUCAUCUGCUGCAAGAUCAUUAUCUGUCCGUGCAGACAUUAGCCGCCUUGAGGCUGGACAAUGCGAUGAAAUUUCUGCGUCGCACCGAUGAGCAGCAGCGGCACAUGCUGCGCCUCGCUGUCAAGAAUCACGAUGCGGCCAGGAAGGGACAGGAACGUGGUCGCCACUGGACGCCCCACUUUGAAUCGAAGUAGAUCGAAAAUCAAGUUAUUAUAGAAAAUUUAUAAAAUUACUUGUCGUAAUCGUAUGCGUAUAAUUAAUAAAUUUGCUUUUGUUUUUAUUUAAAUUACAAAGUAACGACUAUAUUGCUGCUGCUCGAGAAUUUGUAACAAGCUUGAAAGUUAAUUGCAUUUUAACGCACUCUUCCUAUUUAUUUUAAUACCUUGCUGAGACAAGGUAAUUUCAAGUUUUUUGUUUGUUCUUCAUUGUAUAUAAUACUUAAAAUUAAAACAAUUUAUUACGAUAUAUUACGAUGUAUUUUAUGCAUAAGUUCAACUUAAUUUCAUUCCAUUUAGUCUGCAUACCUAAAAAGCACGUGUUCGAGUUUGUUUUUAAACUUUUGCAUUUGUUUCCCAAGCUCUGCAUGAAGCGACGUAAUUAAACGAUUCAUUUCUGCUUUCAAUAUUGCUUCAAAUACAUUCAUACAUGUAGUCCUAAUUACGACGGUUCAAUGCAAAGCUUUCGAUUGGCCACUUUCAAUUUCAAUUUAGUUGCGCCUUCAAUGAGUAUUUGGUAGUGGCUGGCUG